AUGGAGUCCAGAAUAUUGAAGUUUGAAACCAGUGCAGGAAGGCUGUGGAUUGCAGGGACAUAUGGAAUCAAUAAGAAGCCAUUCAAUAAGAAGAUAAUUCAGGAAAUAACAGUAAAGUCGGAAGUAGCUGAUUUUGUUACUUUGGCAAAUAAUAUGAGUUAUUCUCUGAGAGUAGCAGCUACAUUACUAAGAGGACUAAUGCUUAUUUUUGAUAAACAGUGGAUUUAUUUGGAAUCAGACUUGGACAACUUAUAUUUAAGGUUUAGGGAAGGAAGAAAUCAUACAGAUAACAAAAACAAUUGUAAUUCAAUAGUUAGGAGAAAUGGAGGAAGCAAUAAAAGGAAAAAUUCCUUAUUAACAGAAUUGAUUUCAAUAGAUUCAUCACUAAGCUUGAAUGGUGACUACUCAAUUAAUAGUAAUAACACAGAGAAUAAUGGGGAAUUAAUUUUAUCAUUGGAUGCUGAGAAUUUUGUACUGGACUUGUCAACCAGUAGUAUAGAUGAAUUGAAUUUGAAUGACAUUCUUCUCAAAGAAAAUGGGAAUAAUAUGAAUAUUAGAAGGAUUGAGGAUAUAACUCUUCCUGAAAUUAAUGGGAAUAAAUCUAAAUUAUCAAAAGAAUUUGGGUUUGAACAAGACUAUGGUAGUAUAGAGGUGGGCGAUUAUGAAGAAAAUGAAGAAGAAAAUGGAAAUAGAAGAGGAAGAAGUAGCGAAAAUAACUCAUCAGAGAGAAGAGAAGAAAACCAGAUGGUUUUAUGGUCUUCAAUAAACAAUGAAGAUUUCAUGUUUCAAGGAGAGGAGAGUGAAAAAUUACUUGAAGAAAUUGAAAAUAUCAAAUUAAAUUCUGAAAAAAGAAGGAAGUCAAUGGGUGAAGGUGAUCAAAAUCUACUUGUGGAGAAAGUUAUUGAAGUGGUCAAUGAGGCUCAAAACCGAGGAGAAAACAAAAAAAGGCCUAGAUGUCUAAGUCACCUAGAUAUUGAUUUGAAGUUUAAAGGGAUAAGUUCAAGUAAUAAGAAUCAACUUGAAAUGUUGGUAUUUGACGAUGAAGUUAUUGCUGGUAUGGAUGAAAGAUUAAGAGGAUGGGAUUCAUAUAAAUGGUGGCAAACAGAAACUCAAAAGAGUGAAAAAAACCAGUUUUUAGUAAAAUUUCAAAAUCUUGCAGUUCUUAGUAUGAGAAAAACCAAAAGAAUUUCACUGCCAAACCAAAUUGAGAGUAGUCUAGACAAAUAUGGAGCAAUAGAAAAACAUAGAGGUGAAUAUAAUACAGAAGCUGAGUACAAUAAUGCUGAUUUCGGAUUUGAUCAUUUUAAUAUGGAUGAUAAUAUCGUUGGAUCUCCAAGCAAUCGUCGUUUAAUAAAUGGUCGUGAUACUAUUGAAAGCUCUGUAAAUUAUUAUGGUGAUGGCUUAAAUUCCUCAGAUGGAGCAAGGUUGCAAAGUGGAAGAGAAUCCAUGAUCUUUUCAGAUAGUAGACGAGGUUCUACAGCAGGAGUUAGGCUAUCAACUAUGUUGGAAAACGGGUCAGUAACAUCAUACAACAGUUCUCCUUUCCAAUUCGAGAAAAAUUUGAUGGGAAUUCAAAUCGAUAGUGCUAAUCCUGAGCUAAAAAGAAUUAUAAGAACUGGCAGACUUAGUGAUUCAAUUGGUAGUAGUGGCUAUGGUAAGCAGUAUAGGACAAAUUCUAUGGCAACCAGUAUUACUGACAUAUUCUAUAUGGACGAAAUUAAAUCGUCAAAUUGGAGUAGAAGUGGAAUUACUACAAGUAGUGGAACCUAUAAUUUAAAGACUUAUACUGUUCAGAAGUUUAUUGCAUCUAGAAUGAAGGAAAUCAGGGAAAUUAGAAAGAUUAAUGAAGAAAAUGGAUAUUUAGUGGAUAAGAAUACUUCAAAUAAAGAAAAUCUAAACGAGGGUAACACAGAGAAAGAAACUUCCGGAUUUGAGAAUGGAAGUAAAAACAGUAAAGAUACAGACUUUGAUGAUAAUGAAGCGGAAAUGUCAAUUUACCUUAGUGAAUUAUUACCAGAAAAGACAGCUACUAAAUGUACUGCUGCCGUUUUUUUCUACCAUUUACUUGUUCUUGCAACUUAUAACGAAAUCAAACUCAGCCAAAAUGUUCCUGAAGGCAAUAUUAAGAUCACAAAGACAAGUUCAUUUAAUGAGGAAAGCUAA